AUCGGUUUGUAUUCAGUGUCACGGGCCCCAGGCAGACGCCAUUCUGCUUCAGUUUUCGUAUUGUUUGCGGCUUAAGAGCGUAACAACGCUGCACCACACCAGGAAAAGAAGGGGAGUCUCCCCGCUCUGACACAUGUAGUGAUCAGGGGAUUCCUCGUGUGAGACGCAGGCAGGAGAAGACCACUCCCACUCCCACUCAGGCCGGUGUUUGGUCCCACUCUGCUGCCAGCAUGUACACAGGGAUGCGGAUGGAGAACCGCCGGAGCGCUGAGGCUCUGGAGGCUGCAGCUCUGAGGCAGCAGAGGAGGCUGAAACAAGCCAUCCGCUUCAUCCAUCGAGACUCUGCUGAUCUGUUGCCCUUGGAUGGACUGAAGAAACUUGGAACAUCUCAACAGGGACAGCCACAUAACAUCCUCCAAAAGCGGCUGCUGCAAGCACGGCUGUCCUGUGAAGGCAUGCCAGCAAACAGCGGAGGGAUGCUCCGGGCGGAGGACAAGAAGGAGGACGAGGACUUUGUUCACGUGUUAUGCAAAUGUUUAGGACAGGAAGUGAAAGUGCUGGUUGACACCGGCUGCAAACUGAACCUCAUGUCAUCACGGACUGUGCAGAACUUAGGUUUGACCGCUUUAGUUGAGAAGAACCAAGCGGAGCUGAACGGCUUUCCGUUUCCUCAUAAUGUCUGCGUCCAAGGAUGCAUCCAGGAGCUCAGCCUGACCAUCGGACAGCUCAGAGUCACGGCUGCUUUUCUCAUUCUGGAAAGCACUGAGCCCCUCAUGUCUCUGGGAAUAAAGACAUUGCGUUCUCUCAAGUCCGUAAUCGACACAGAGAAGCAGAUGUUGGUGUUUGGAACAGCGAAUAGAGACUCUUCUGACUGCUGACAUGCAGGUUACUGACUUCCUGCCUCAAAACACAGCCUGACAAUAAAAACACAUCCAUCAAUGACUCAUUUUUGCAGUAAACACUGUCACACAUUUUCUCCCUGAUUCUUUUUUUUUCUUUUUUAAGGAAAUUCAAUAAAACCAUAAUAUUUCUUCACAUAGAAGCAUCUAUUGCUCCUCCUGCAGCACUGCACUCUGGAGUCCGUCCUAACUCAGUAUAAACUCUCACUGGUGCUCUGUAAAAACUGUCAACAGAGACGUUUUGUAGUGUUAAAAAGAACGGGGAUUCACAGCUAUAAACUGUAAGACAUCAUCAGUAUAUAUUGUAACUGUGUUCCACACAGCCUCGAUGUUUGUAUUCUAUUUUUUAAUGGUUUUUUUAGCCAGAAAUGUAUUUACACUGAUGUCAGUGCUUUCAAUAUUUGUAGUGAUUGCAACAUGUGUUAUGUUUUAUUACAUUACUGUAGUUUAAAUGAAGGCUCAAUUAAAUCAGGAUUAACGUCACUGUUUUCUGUCUGUGAUUGUUGUUCAAGGUUUGUUGUCACAACAAAUGCGAUGGAAUAAAUAAAUGAAUAAAAAACAGGAAUAUCUCUAAAAAGCAAUAAAUAAAUAAAUAAAUAAAACACUG